UCUAAACAUGAGUUCCCACCAGCAGAAGCAGCCGUGCAGUGCACCCCCUCAGCUGCAACAGCAUCAGGUGAAACAGCCUUGCCAGCCACCACCCUCGGAACCGUGUGCCCCCAAAACCAAGGAGCCUUGCAACCCCAAUGUUCCUGAACCCUGCAACCCCAAGGUUCCAGAGCCCUGCCAGCCCAAGGCACCUGAGCCUUGCCACCCGGUUGUUCCUGAGCCAUGCCCCUCAAAUGUCACUCCAGAACCGUACCAGCAAAAGACAAAACAGAAGUAACGUCGUCCACAGCCACGCCAUGAAGACCUGAUCUCUGGAUGCCAAGGUCCCUUUCCAUCCAUUCUGCUUAUGUGUCCAAUUCCCCGUACUUCACAUGAUGUGCCUUGGUCUUCAUCCCUCCUUCUUUGCACCAUCUAAAGAGAUGUCUCUCACACUCAUUCUCUGGGGUUCCUGAGCCUCUCGACAUGGUCCAAAGUCUCCUUGAAUGGCUAAUCUCCCUAUGGCUCAGGAUUCAACUGAAGGAGAAUGGGGUGUGGGACAAGUGAAUUUUCAGUGUUCUUCUCCAAUAAAUACCUUUUAAAACUCCA